AUGUGUUGGAUUCGGCUUCUCAAUACCAAGGACGCCACGUCAACCGCCAUCAAGCAAUGGGUCGCGGAUGUGGAGACGGAAAGCGGCUUCAAGGUGAAGCGCUUUCGCUCGGAUGGAGGUGGCGAAUACACCGCUCGGGAGCUCGGCGAUUGGUUGAAAGGGCGUGGGACCGCGCAUGAGUUCUCGACGCCGUACACGCCUCAACAAAAUGGAGCCGCCGAACGCUUGAAUCGCACGCUUAUGGAGUCGGCACGAAGUCUCCUCUCCCAUGCUCACGCGGAGAAGCAUUGGUGGGGAGAGGCGGUUACGUUGGCAACUUGGAUUCGCAACCGGUGCGUGACCAAGGCGUUGCCCAACAAGACGCCUCUUGAGGCUUGGAGCGGUACGAAGCCGGACGUCACCGACCUUCGCACGUUUGGGUGUACGUGCUACUACCAUGUCCCGGAUGCUACACGGACCAAGCUUGAGGCGAAGGCGCGGGUGGCGAUGUACUUGGGUCCAAGCGCGGAUCACAAGGGGUGGCGCGUGUGGGACUUGGAGCACGGGAAACUCGUGGUGUCGCGCGACGUGGUGUUCUACGAAGACACCUUCCCCUCCAAGUCUACGAACGUGCCCUCGGUCAUCAUCGUCCCUCCACCCUUGGAUGCCGCGGAUGAGGCGGAUGAUGUUUCUACGGCUCCUCCUCCUCGUGCGAGUGAGGGGGAGAAUGGAUCGGGUGCGGUUGGAGUGAGUGAGGAUGAAGGAAAUGCCAAGGAACGUGACCCUUCGUCUCCUCCUCCUCGUAUCACUCCCACCCUCGCAUCCACUCGCACUCGAAGGAACCCUCAUCCCAACUCCAAGUUCGAUGACUACUCUCUCGUGGCGGGGGAUGAUGAGGGAGGGGGAGACGCUAUGUGUCUUGAGGCGUACACCGACACCCCGUCCACCUACCACGGCGCCAUGAGCUCGGCGGAAGCGGCGGAAUGGGAGCGCGCGCUUCAAGAGGACGGACGUGAAGGAUAA